CGGAGGAAGUAAUUCAAGCGGUAAAAUGGCGGCGCUAGCUAAAGUAUGCUAACCGAACGAGAAUAAGAAAAUCCCAUUUAACCAAUACUCUCUAUUUUUCUGCAUCCCGUCUGAUAGCAGUCAAUAUUUCAGUGCUCUUUCAAUCAAUAUAUAUGUACUAAUGGCAGCCUUGAUUGAUUUCAGGACCCAUGUCGACCAGUCAUGCAGAUAUUCAGAAGAAUUUGUCAACAUUUAUUACGACUGUAUGGAUAAGAAAAGAAGGAAUUUGACCCGGCUCUACCUGGACAAGGCGACCCUGGUGUGGAACGGGAAUGCAGUGUCAGGACAGGAUGCUCUGGGCGAGUUUUUUGAGUCACUGCCUUCGAGCGAGUUCCAAGUUCAAACCCUGGAUUGUCAGCCAGUUCAUGAGCAAGCAACUCAAGGUCAGACUACACUGCUUGUGGUGACUGGUGGGACGGUCAAGUUCGAAGGGAACAAACAGCGUUUCUUCAACCAGAACUUUCUUUUGACAGCUCAGGCGUCACCCAACAAUGACCAGCCUGUUUGGAAGAUUGCUAGUGACUGUUUCCGAUUUCAAGACUGGAAUAGCUGAGGCUCUCUUCGUCUCCGCUUUCCCCUCUAAAAUGUACAAACACUCAGCAGUGAUAAUCUAGAUGCUCUUUGUUUAUUUCUGUUUUGUAACAAAAUAAAAGUCUUAUACAUGUUAUGAAAAAAAA